GUUGGCGAGUCUGGUAACCUCUGACCCUGACCAAGUAUCUCGUGUGUUUGUGUCCGGUGUUGUUCACGUUAUUUUUGGACCAAACGUUUGAGUAAUAUCCGGGUGUGAAACCUUUACUGUCCAAGGACACAUGUGUUUUGAUAUAAUCUUUGAGGAUGGUUCGCUUCAAACACAGGUAUGUCUUGGCUGAGCUAAUAUUCGGCAAGGACCUGUUGAUAUACAACAUCACACAGCGUGUAGUGUAUGCUGCAGUACGGGACAUCAUAGAACAGCUGCAUGGUAGAUACGGUAUAGGACUCAUCACACCUGGACUGUCAGUGAAGUACAUCAAUGAGUACACACGGAUGGUGAUGGUACGGUGUCGGAGGGAGAACCUGAAACUGCUGACAUCUGCCAUUCCCUUCAUCAAACACCUGCCAGAUGGCAAGGGGGGACAGCUGCCAUGUUUCCUCAGAACUCUGCAUGUAGGAGGAAGUAUAAGGGCCUGUCAGAAGUGGCUGGUACAGCACAACAGACAAGUCCUACCCACCUUGCUGCUGAGGUGCACUAGCAAAGAAGAAAAGUCCAGGAUGAGGAAAUCCAUUUUCAACAGUACCCUUGUGAAGGAGGAGCCUUGGAAUGAAGGAAAGGAUGACACAUAACAUUCGUGGUACAGAUGUGCCAAUUUGGUUACUGGAGACUUCAAAAUGAACUUUAGAGUAGGUUUUUGAUUGAACAACAAAUUGGUUGUUGCAUUUCCUUUAUAAUUCAUAGAACUGUUUUGAAAGCUACAAAUGCAACAUUACUGUGCAAUGUUUCAUUUCAAACUCAAUGUCACCAUGAAAUGAUGCUUACUUUGUAAAUAAUACUGUAACAAUACCUUUGAAAUAGUUUAUUUUUACAGCACUACAACCAAGUUAAUAGAUGUUUUGAACAUUAACAAAAUCAAGUCCAGAAUGUGAGAAGUAAAACACUGUGUUAUACUUAUUGCAACUUACACCAUGAUUGCAAUUGAUACUCGGAAGUCAGAUCUAGAACGUAUGAACAGUUCUUCUUAAAACUUGUAAGACUAAUAAACUUUGCAUAACUGUCCUUCAUAGAAAACAUGUCCACUUUACAGCUCAAUGGUGAUUUGACAUCUAUCUACAUUAAACAAUGUAUUGCAUGAAUAUGUAAAUAAAAAGCUCAGCAUACCAUAUUCAGUUGUCUUUUUGCUCUCAUACAAAUAUAAAGCAUUUUAACUUACUGCAGCUUGCCAGUAUUACAGUACAUGCGCAAGUAGUUUAUCUGAUAAACAAAAAUUCUGGAAAGUAU